AUGGACAGAUUUGGACAGCUCCCUGGAAGAGAAGCCAUGGCCUCGAGUGGGGGCGCAACUUCCGAGGAUGAGGAUGUAGGAGCACUUUUUAAAGACAUUGCGAAUGAGCUGGAAUGCGAGAAACUUCUCUUGAACCACUUCUAUGUUCUCUCCGGAGUGAAAGCGGCUAAGAAAGCUUAUAAUUUCCCAGGGAGACAAACACAUAGUCGAAAGGUGAUAUGGGUGAAGGAGUACAGUGAAUUUUCGAGUUUAUGGUAUAUUGCGGUCGUUAAUUAUCGGAUUGCAGAUUGCAAAAUAGUCUGUCGGUCCAACGAAAAGUCUGCUAAUGUUAAACGUUUGUUGCAAUAUCUGCCAGUUCUUGUUCGUGACGCAUGGUUGUGUUAUGUAAGAUGUACACAGUUGGCAGAACAAGGCUGGGGCACUAGUCUGCCUUCCGACCGUGCCAGCCAAGGCCAGAAGCAGCAACGGCAGCAGGCAGAAGCAGAGUUUGCCGGGGCUGGUGCAGGAGAUGCGAUCGCGCGCCGGCCAACUGCCAUUCACGCCCGGGAAGAGAUCAAGUUCUAUUUACGAGUCUCGUGUUUUAAAUAUAUUUACUUCUUGAAACGCGUUCAGAUGGCUGAGGGUGAAUGUCGAACAGAUGGACGAGAUUCGAGCCUCUCAAGAUUCUGCUACACGUCCAACCGUCCUCGACUGCUGCCGCUUCCCGUCCCGAAAGGCGGCUCCAGGAACGACAGCGUCCAUCCCGGCAAACCUUCGCAUCAAGACAGAAACUUCUCACUCGCCAAGAACCAGCCAAACCUCCACCACUUUUUCUUGAAGAGCCAAAACCGGAGCGGCGGCGGCGGCGGCAAAGACGAGUCCGCCACCUUCGACUCCCAAGACCACACCACCCGUGGAUUUUCCAGCGUCGAGGAACAGGAGGCAUUCGAGGAUCUCGUGAACACCUUCGGGACGAGAAACAAGAACUUCCCCGGUGGCUUCGAGGACGACCUCCACUUGGCCGACCCGACGAUGGGAGAGCCGCAGGGGGACGGCGAAUACGACGAAGCUUUCAACGAACCUCUGGGUAUUGAGGACGAGUUUUGUGAUCGCAGUGCUUCCGGGAACCUUCCUCAAAAUCUUUCUCACGCCCACGGCCACAGUUAUUCUCUGUCCCCCCAGCACCAGAAUGGAGGAGGAGCAUAUGCAGGAAGAAACUAUUCUAACUCACCAGCGCUCACCGACCAACAUCAAGUAUGGAACUCGGGAAGGAAGGAAUUCAAGGAAUCCCAAGCGCUAACAGGUGUUCAAGGCCACCAGUUUCAAAGACCAGGUUCAGAAGGCAGUGCUCCCCAAAGCCUACCUGUCGGGCAAGCGAGCCGGUUUCAGAGACCGCCCCAAGGACCUCAGGUUACUCAGGGCAAUCCAUGCCAGGGAGUACUUAGUGGCCAAGGAAACCAAUUCCAAGGACCACCUAGUACUCAGGUUAAUCGAUUUCAACGGCCACUAUCUGCACAAGGGAAUCAGGUCCAAAGACCACCUGUAGCACAACACAACCAGUUCCAACGGCCACCGCAGAUUAAGGGAAAUCAGUUUCAACGACCACCACACACUGAGGGAAUUCAGUUCCAACGACCACCUAAUGAGCAAGUCAACCAAAUCCAUGAGCUAUCAAGUAGACAGUUCCAACAGCCGCAAUAUACACAAAACAACCAGUUUCAGCGACCUCCAAAUACGCAGGUCAGUCAGAUCCAAAAAUCUUCAGUCCUGCAAGGUUAUCAGCUCCAGCCACCUCCCUAUACACAGGGCAAUCGAAUAAUCAGAUACAACGACCACCUAACGUCCAGUCAGUUCCUAAGAGCUCCCGCUUGUCAGUCUCAAAGGCCUUCAGGUACACAGGGCAGCCAGCUCCAACGGCCUCCAUUUUUGCAGAAUAAUCAAUUCCAACGACCACUACAUGCACUAGUUACUCAGUCCCAGGGACCUUCUAAUGCACAAAACAGACUUUUCCAGCGACCACCAUGUACACAAGGAACACAGUUACAAGGAUACCAAAAUACCCAGUACCAAAGGCCAGUUGUUUCACAGGGUAAUUAUUUUCACGGACCGUCAGUCACACAAGCCAGUCAGUUCCAAGUUAUACCUGGUACUCAAAAUGAUAAUCACCAGUUCCAACGAUUAUCAGCAGGACAGGGCAGUUGGCAAAAUGAGAAAAUACCUGGUGUACAAGGUACUGCCUUCAAUAUACCCACUGGUGAACCAUCUGCAGUGGGAUCUCAGUAUGAGGGAAUACAAAAUUCACAAAAUAAUCCUUUUCAGAGAGAUUAUAAUGAUCAGGUGAACAAUUUAAUGUCAGAUGAGCAAACUGGUCAUCAGCAGAUGGAAAGUGAUGUACAAAUGCCAUCUAGUGAGAACCAGUCCCAUGCAGAGCAUGUUGAUUCUGCCCAUCGCAAGCUCUCGUUCUUAAUGCCGAUGGCAAAUAACAUGAAUCAAGAAUCGGUGUGCAUGGAAAAUCAAAACGAAUUUCGCGGAAGUACCAGCUAUGCCGAAGAGGGGAGCGCACUGCUAGAUCCCAAUUAUUGUUUAGAGUAUGCAACAGGAUGCAAUUCAUUCUCGGGAGAGUUUUACGCCUCGCCUGCUGCAAUUGCGAGCGGGCCUUCCGCCAUGCCUUUUGAAAGGCCAGAGACUUUUCCCCCCAGCGCCGGCCUCGCCCCUUUGCACGGAGCGCGGAGUCAAACAUGGCCGGCGAAAAACCCUGCGAGCCGAGAAUGGCUGAGCUCGAGCCACAGCCAGCAGGCGAGGGCGAUGGGCGAAAGCUUCGGCAGGAACGACGCGGCCCGCCAGAACAAGCCCGUAGCAGGUGUCAAGCCCUUCGUGUCUAUGACGACGACCACCGCACCCGCGCGCAAAGGGAAGAACGACCUCUUCUCCCACCUCAGCAAAGAGUGGGCGGAGCAGCGACACCGGGGGAGAGGAGGAGGACGCGAAGGCAAGAUGGAGGACAACAGAGGGAAGCACACACUCCUGCCGGGGAGCGUUGGGGGCCCCUCCUCGACGCCCCAGAAAUCCCACGAAGACUGGCGGGACCUGGAGGUGUUCCAGUGGUGUCGCCAGCAGGAGCGUCUCUCCCUGGACUCUCUGUACAAAGGAAGCGACGCCCAGGAUGCCCCGAAGGAAGCGCCAUCUCGAACCUCGGAAUACCAGCAGGCAGCCAAUACCAGCUUCCCCACAAGCCUUCCUCCCUCUGAAGAUCUCGGUGCUAGUCCAGGCGCCCAAGGAGGACUCGGAUAUCCGGGAAAUGCUGGCAGUACGAACCUCAACUUGACGGCCACCCAGGAGGCUGUGGGAGGCGGCACGGGCGGGCGUGUGGGCGUGACGCUGACAAACGUGGGCGGUGUACAGCAGAACAUCAAUAUUAAUCUGUCGAACUUUGUGGAAAGUGCAGUUAGCAGUCAGACAAGCAAGGCAGCCUCCAGCGCCCAGAAACAGGUUCGCGCCGAUCCCCUCGUCCGUGGCAUCCUGAAAAAUACUUCUCAGAGCACGUGGUCCGGCCCGCCUGACAUCUUCCAAGGGAUUUUAUAAGGAGACAGAGAAGAAGUGUGGAAUGCAAGACGAAGAAGAGGGAAAGAGAAAGAGAGAAAGAUAUAAACAAAGAGAAGAGAGGAGGAAGGACGGAAAAGGAGAAUUGAAAGACGUUUAAGAAGACAGUGGGGAGAAAAUGCGGAGAAACAUGUUUAUUUUCUUUAUUUGUUUACCAGGAAGGAUGUGAAAUAACCAAAUAAAAUUGGUGAAAGAGAAAAGAAAACAUAUAAUUUCAGUUCAGAGAUAUCACACAUGUCAAAGUCCAUAAUUUGAGGCGAUUGAGACCCUCAUGGAGCUAAGUCUGUCGUGGUUAUUAUCUCUUGAGAUAAAGUUCUUUAUAAUUCCUUUACUAUCAUUCCUCAGUGAUUAAAGGCAUAAUCAAACGCCCUUUUUAAUUCAAGUUGAAGGACAAAGAAGAAUAGUUUAGUUGUAUAUUUUCCUUAAUUUCUCUUCCGUCUUCAUUUAUUUUUGUUUUUGAUUAUUAUCUUCAAUUAGGUGUCCAAACCAGAGCUACCGUAUAAGAGAGAAAAUAAACACCAAACACGGAUA